GCACGGACGCACUCCACUUUGGUGCAGCUCCUGAGCACACUCCAGAGCUGCUGCCUCCGUAGCUCGCGCGCCGCAUGCAAGCAUCCUCUGCGUCCAGCGCGUGCUCAGAGAGCGGAGACAUGGAGACAUGAGUGAAAGGCAGCGGAGAGGAGCGCAGGGAGACAGGAGGAAAUAAAAGGAGAGCAGGGAGAGCGUGCUCUUGCAUGAAGGUGGAAGGACAGAUUCAGUGAAGGCUUGGAUUAAACUGGCUGCACCCCGCUCUGAAGUUCCCGCUAAAGGUGAUGAGCUCCACAGAUGUGGGUGGUGUCAAACUGAAGGUCUGCUUUAGGGUCUGACGCCCGCUGAAGGACCCCACUUUACAUCUCCACACAUCGCCUCCCGUCAUUCAUUCUACAUCGUCCUGGACUUUGAACUUCAACUUGGGGACCUCAACUCCACAGAUUGCCAAUGCUAACAAGGAACUGCCUGCUGCUGUUCCUGUGGAUUCUCGUUAACGCGGGUUCGGUUUCUUCCUCACGGCCACCUUCAUCUCCACUGGGACGAGGCAGGGCGGGAAGGGAGCACGCCAGGAGCUCGGCGGGCUCUGCGAGGAAUGGAGCGGCUGGAUUUCAGCGGGUCAAGAGGGGCUGGGUGUGGAACCAGUUCUUUGUACUGGAGGAGUACAUGGGGUCAGACCCUCAGUAUGUGGGCAAGCUCCACACUGACCUCGAUAAGGGGGACAGUUUGGUAAAGUACACCCUCUCAGGGGAUGGUGCUGGCUCCAUUUUCACGAUUGACCAAACGACAGGGGACAUCCAUGCCUUAAGGAGUCUGGACAGGGAGGAGAAGCCUUACUACACCCUGCGUGCCCAGGCUGUGGACAUUGACACCAACACCCCCCUGGAGCCCGAGUCUGAAUUUGUAAUCAAAGUUCAAGAUAUCAAUGACAAUGAGCCAAAGUUCUUGGAAGGACCGUACGUAGCCAGCGUUCCUGAGAUGUCACCAGUCGGAACCUACGUGACGCAGGUGACAGCCACUGAUGCAGAUGACCCCACUUAUGGAAACAGUGCCAGAGUGGUCUACAGCAUCCUCCACGGCCAGCCGUACUUCUCUGUUGACCCCAAAACAGGGGUUAUAAAGACAGCCUUGCCCAAUAUGGACAGAGAGGUGAAGGAAGAAUACCAGGUACUAAUCCAGGCCAAGGACAUGGGAGGCCAGCUGGGAGGACUGGCCGGGACUACGAUCGUGAACAUCACCCUCAGCGAUGUGAACGAUAAUCCACCUAGGUUUUCAAAAAGUUUCUUUCACCUAAGAGUUCCAGAAUCUUCCGCGGUGGGCUCUGCCAUUGGCAGGAUCAAAGCGCAUGAUCUGGACAUCGGUAGAAAUGCUGAAGUGGAGUAUACGAUCGUGCCAGGUGAUGGUGGCACCGUGUUUGACAUCACCACCAACGAACACAACCAAGAGGGCAUCGUCAUUCUCAAAAGGCCGCUGGACUAUGAGAGCAAGAAGGCAUACACCUUCAAGGUAGAGGCCUCCAACGCCCACAUGGACCCGCGCUUUCAGAGCUUUGGGGCCUUCAAAGACACCGCAACAGUAAAGAUUAACGUGUUGGAUGUGGAUGAGCCCCCAGUGUUCAAUAAACCCUCCUAUGUGAUGGAUGUGUAUGAGGACACACCCGCGGGCACCAUCAUCGGAGCGGUGACAGCCCAGGAUUUAGAUGCCAGCAGCAGCCCAGUCAGGUAUUCCAUCGACUGGAGGAGCGACUUGGACAGCUACUUUGACAUCGAUCCAGUGGAAGGCACGAUUUCCACCAACGACCUGCUGGACAGAGAAACCAUCGCGCAGCACAACAUCUCCGUCGUAGCCACCAAACUGAACAGCCCGGUUCUGACCAGCCGGGUGGCCGUCACCGUCCACGUGCUGGACAUCAACGAGUUCCCCCCUGAACUGGCCAGUCCGUACGAGACCUUGGUGUGUGAAAAUGCCAGACUGGGACAGGUGAUUCAAACCUUUGGUGCAAAAGACAAAGACGUACCGAGCGCUGGACAGCAGUUCUCCUUCAGAACCCCCAAAGAAGACAUGAAGAAUAAGAACUUCACAAUCCGAGACUUUGGAAAUAACACAGCUGGAAUCGUGACCAAACGGGUUGGCUUCCGACGACGUUUACAGGAGAUCUACUUCCUUCCUGUCGUGAUUGAAGACAAUGGCUACCCCCCGAAGAGCAGCACAGGCACGCUGACCAUCCGGGUGUGCGGCUGUCAGUCGGACGGCUCUGUGCUCUCAUGUAGUGCAGAAGCCAUUUUCCUUCCUGUGGGUCUGAGCACCGGAGCGCUGAUUGCCAUCCUGCUGUGUAUUGUCAUCUUGUUAGGUAUUGUGGUUCUCUAUGUGAGCUUGAGGCGACAGAAGAAAAAGGAAACCCUCAUGUCAUCCAAAGAGGACAUCCGAGACAAUGUGAUCCACUAUGAUGAUGAAGGAGGAGGAGAAGAGGACACACACGCCUUUGACAUGGGAACGCUCCGAAACCCCAAAGUUGUCAAAGAGAACUUGUACCGCAGGGAUGUCAAACCGGAGAUGAAACGGAGCCCGAAGCCGCCUGUCUCUCAGGACAGCGCAGACAUCCGAGACUUCAUCCAUCAGCGGCUGGUAGAGCACGACUUGGACAACUCGGCCCCACCCUACGACUCCUUGGCCACGUAUGCUUAUGAGGGGGAGGGCUCUGUGGCAGAGUCACUGAGCUCAAUCGAGUCUAUCGCUGUAGACCUGGAGGAGGACUACGAUUACCUUAGGGACUGGGGGCCCCGCUUUAAGACGCUGGCAGGGAUUUUUGGGGAACAGUCAGAAACCCAGUCAGACUCCACAAACACAGAAAAUGCUCACUGAUGAAAUUCACAGACUCCAGAAGAAAGAGAGAUCUCGUACUUGUGUCCCACAAAGUUCUGUUAUUAUUUCAUUUGAGCAUUUUCAUUCUUCUUUUUUUAUGAUGUACUUUGUCAUGCUCAGUCCCAAAAUUGUAAAAGAAAAAAAAAGUGUGAGCAGCCAUUCAGGAGUGUCUCGCUUGUUCAUCACAUUUUUGUUUCCAUUUGGGGAAUACAUGCGGAAGGAAAUGUUCCCUGGAACAUCCUUUAAAGUGCCUCAAUAUAAUUGUUUUUAGCAUUUUUUUUUUUGUCAUUAGUUCUACUGUUUUUCAUUUGCUACUUCAUAGCAUUUAUCCAGAGUUAUUUCUUACAACCCCAUAGUUGAAGCUGACUCCGUCAGCGUGCUGAACUGUGCUCUGAUUGGCCAGGGAAUCCCCCCCCCCCCCCCUCCGGCUCUGUGGGGAGAAUGAGGUGGCCAAAGUUUGGCCAAAGAUGUUUUGAAUGUUAUUUAUUGUUCUAUUUAUUUGUAGACUGGCUGAGUUUAUUUGGAGGUUUGUGUAUUUAUCUAUUUAUCUCUCUGUCAUCAAACUGUAUUUUUAUUUUUGAAGACACUUGAGGAUUUUGUAAUUACUAAAGGCCCACAUGAAAUUGUAUGUUUCUGUUAUAGGUGGGUCUUGUGAAUAGACUUGUACUAGAGUUGUAAAAAGAUGACUUAGGGCUAAAUAAUGCAGUUCAGUCGUGUAAUAAAGCACUGUUUCUUAAAUAAACAACACUUGGACAGAAA